CCUAACCCUCUAACGCUCUCCGAAAUUUGCAAACCUUUGUGAGCUGCCCCGUUUUCCUUAACCCGCUUGGCUUUCUCAACAUUUUACCACGCACGUACCACACACUCUUCUCUCGCCACUCAGGACGUAGAAGACAUGAGCGACAGAGGAGGCAGUCGAGAAAGAGGGCGCGGCGGUGGUAGCUCUCGUGGCGGUGGGCGGGGUGGAUUCAGAGGCGGCCGAGGAGGUGGAGGAGGAGGAGGCAGUCGCGGCCGUGGAGGUUCAAUGUCUAGAGGAAGGGGACGAGGGGGACGAGGAGGCGGUGGCGGAGGCAGAGGAGGAGGAGGAAGAACGAGGGAGUUGAACGAUACUACGAAAAUGCCCGCUGUCUUGCAAACCCAGUUUGAAAACGAGGGACGCGGUGAGGACAAGGAGCUGGAUAGACGGUUCGCCUUCCGUUACAGCAAAAAGUCUUUGAACCGAAAAGCAGAGCGAAAGGAGAAAAGGCUGGAAAAGAAGCAGAGGGUGCACCAGCACCAUUCGCAAGCGAAAAAAGCACAUUUGCAGCCAGCGGAGGAGGAGGAAACGCAAUCCAAAAAGCGCAAAAUCGACCUCGAAGAGGAACCACAGCCCCCAAAGAAGCUGAAGUCCUUAAUACCAGCCCCGAAACCCGCAGAUCCAGCAGCCGAAACCCGAAGACUCGAGCGUCUCGCCCAAUCCAAUCCCCACUUCUACCGCCUACUAGCAGAACAAAACCUCGUCGACGGCACGAUCGGCGGCGCAGGCCCUAGCACUAAAAAAUCGGCGUUUGCAGACGACGACGCCGAGAUUGCGAAAUACGCCAAGAAGCUGAAGAUUAAGGAUAAGAGCAAAGUUCCGUCGACUUUCACGGAGGAAGGGCUGGACUUCUUGUUCAAAGGGCUCAUGGGUGAAGCGGGGUCGGAUGAUGAGGGUGGUGUGGCUGGGGGCUACGAAGGCUACCUUGCGAGUAAGCGAAAGAAGACUGCAAAACCGGCUGUUCGGGCGGGGAAGGCUGCGGAAGCAGCAGGGUCGGCUGACGACGAAGAAUCGGAGAAGGACGACAAUGCGAUGCUUGGGCUGGACUUUGCGUUUGAGGAUAUUGAGGACUCGGAUAAUGCCGAGGAUCGGUUUAGCGAUCUGGAGGUGGAUAUGGGCGAUGAUUCGGACGAAGAGGAGUCUGAUGAGGAGGUGUUUGAGGAUGGGGAUAGUGUUGAGGGCGAGGAGGGUUUCGAAGAUAUGGUUUCUGAAGAUGAGGAGGACUUGGAGGACGACGAUGAAGACGAUGAGGAAGACUUCGAUGUUGAGGAUCCUCUGCAGAUGUCCGACUCGGACGAUACCGGCUCCGAAGGGUCCGAGGACGAUGAUGAAGCUUUUGAAGCUGCAAGUGAUGCAGGGUCAAACGCAGAAGACGAUUCCAGCGAGGAGGCAAAUACUUCGAACAGUCCGACCGAAGACGCCGACAUAUCACCUCAAAUACAACCUUCCGCCCCAGCACCCGGCAAAUACGUCCCGCCACACCUUCGCAAGCAGCCCCCAACCAAAUCCGAAGCCUACCUGCGCCUUAAACGCCAAGUUCAAGGUCUUCUCAAUCGUCUUAGCGACGCCAACAUGGACUCCAUCAUCUCCGGCAUCGAGGAGUGCUACCGCAACAACAGCCGGCACGACGUGACAGAGAUUCUCACUGACUCCAUCCUGUCGUUUGUCGCUGACCACGCGAAUCUGCUGGACUCAUUUGUGAUGACGUAUGCCGCGUUCAUUGCGUCGCUGUAUAGUAUCGUCGGGAUUGAGUUUUGCGCGCAUUUGAUGCAGACGGGUGUGGAGUUGUACGAGACCUCGCGCAAGGAGUAUUUGGACGGGAUAAAGGUUGACCCCGAGGGAUCUGACGCCAAGAGCAAGCGAUGCAUCAACGUCGUCACCCUCCUCGCCUUCCUCUACAACUUCGAAGUCGUCUCCUGCGUCCUGAUCUACGACAUUGUCCGCGAAGCCAUCGGCACCCUCAGUGAACUGGACGUCGAGCUCCUGCUGCGCAUGCUUCGAAUCUGCGGGUUCCAAUUGCGCGCUGACGACCCGCUCGCGUUGAAGGACAUCGUCCUCGCCAUCCAAGCCGCGGCCGCCAACCGCCCCGAAGCCUCCUCAUCGCGAUUCAAGUUCAUGGUCGAGACGAUCAUGGAUCUCAAGCACAACAAACGCAAGCUGGCUAAGAAGGGCACGACGGCGAACGCGGGCGCAGACAUGUCGCAGCAGGAACGGUUGAAGAAAUUUGUGGGGAAUAUGGGCAAGAAGCGGGCGACGCUGCAUUCGACGGAGCCGUUGAGGGUAGGGUUGGAGGAUAUUCGCAAUGUCGUGACGAAGGGGAAGUGGUGGCUGGUGGGCGCCGCGUGGACGGGACAUGAGCUCAAUAACAACACCAACAACGAAAACCAAAACGACACAUCCGCCCUCCCCACAUCAACAUCAACCGACAAUCCCACAUCCCUCCUUGCCCUGGCGCGCUCCCAAAAAAUGAAUACCGACAUCCGCCGUUCGAUCUUCCUCACCCUCCUCUCCUCCGAAGACUGCCUCGACUGCUUUUCCAAGCUGCUCAAGCUGCACCUCAGCGACAAGCAGGAGCGCGAGAUCGUGCGCGUGCUGCUGCACUGCGCCGUGCAGGAGAAGGUGUACAACCCUUACUAUGCACUGGUGGCCCAGAAGCUGUGUGAGUGGAAACAUGGCAUGCGGAUUACAUUUAUGUAUGCGUUGUGGGAUGCGUUCAAGAGUAUGGCUGGGGAUGAUGGGGGCGAGGAGGAGGAGGGGAUGGAUGUGAGGAAGUGUGCGCAUAUGGCCAAGUUGUAUGCGUAUUUGGUUGCGGUGGAUGGUGUCAAUUUGGGCGUGCUCAAGGCCUUAACAUUUACAUCCCUCCAACCCCUGCACCACCUAUUCCUGCAACUCCUCCUCACAACCCUCUUCACAACCUACGCAAAAACAACCACCCAGAUCCACACCAUUUUCGCCCGCGCCGCGACGCAGGAGAACGUGCGCGAAGGGCUGGUGUUUUUCAUCAAGCGCUGGGCGAAGGAGGGAUAUGCUGUGCCGGGGGUGAAGGUGGAUGUCGACGGCGUGAGGAAGGCUUGGAGGGCUGCGAGGGAGGCGUUGGGGGGUGGGGGUUUUUGAAGAGGCGUGAACAGGGUGUAAUUUAUAUAUAUUUUUGUAUUUGCGUAGAGUAGGUAGUUGAUAUGAUAUAGAGUUGAAAAGCGGAAGAAGGUCUUCACAAACGUUUUGAGGGGGAGGUUUGCGCUGCUGACUAUAAUAUAGCGCUGCACUAAAAAAUGGAGAGUAGGUUGAAC